UUAGAUACGUGGGAAGUGGGAACAUUCGAGAGGGCCGUUGAGGAGGCGGAGGCAUGGCCGCUCCAUCGGCUCCUCGUCCUCGUCGCGAGCACGGGGAGGAGGGGGAGACGGAUCGGCCGAGGUUCUUCGAUGCCAAGGCCAGGGAUCUGUGCUGGAAGAAGGCGGAGGUGGUGCCCGGCCGCCACCCCGAGCGGUGGCGCAAGGAUGCCGCCGGCAACGUCGUCUGCAAGCGCUUCUGGCACUGCCAAGGCUGCCUCUGCUACGAAUACGACCACAUCAUCCCCUUCUCCAAAGGUGGGGAAUCAACUGCAGAGAACUGCCAAAUUCUACAGACGAGGGUGAACAGGUUGAAAUCAGACAAGCAGUGGGUGGACAAAGCUGAACUGGAAGGCUUCUCAUGUGACAUCAAGUUCACAGAUAAGGAGCUGGAUAUCAUUGAGAUGGCCGUCUAUGGGGAUGUCAUUCGUCCAGGGAGUCAAUGUCGAUGCAGAACUGUAGCAGAAAUGCUGGGGAAGGCGACAUCAAAGAACCCUUUGGCUCCUUGUAAACUACCAUACAAGGAAGAGCAAUGACAUGCUAUUCCAACUGCCUCAUACGCCUGUUGUUUCCGUGCUGCUGAAGGAAACAUCUGUGCGAUCUACUGUCCUCCAAAACCUUCACCGAAUAGUCCGGUAAAACAGAGUACUAAUCGCUUGGAACAGAUUGAAUCUUCAGCUUUGGCAUUGUUGUAUGGGAAGUGUCACACAGACAAUCCAAUCCAUAUGCUUUAAACAUUCGAUCCAA